AUGCUAUCAACAAUUAAAUCAGAGUUACUGAAAUACGGCGAAACAACGUCAGUAAGAGGGAUAUCUAAGAUGAUAAAAUCAAAAGAUAUCUUUACAAAAAUUCUAUGGCUCCUCUUCUUUGUAGUAUCAACUGGUGUCAUGAUAUUUCUCCUUGUGACAUUGUAUCAGAAGUUUUCUACAUGGCCCGUCAAUACUAAAUAUGGAGAAAAUAGGAAUAAGAAUAUAUCAUUUCCCGAUUUGACGCUCUGCAAUUUGGAUAUUUUCGCCGAGGGUCAACCUGAAGAAUUGUCUGUAAGUGAUUACUUGUCGUACGUUAAAUCAGCCAAAAAUAACAUCAGGACAAGUCUGGAAAACAACAAUUCAAAUGAUGAAGCAAUUAGAGAUGAGUUGCGGGUCUAUGAGCGCAUAUUUGAGGAAUUGUACUCAGUCUCAGGCUACGUAAUCAAUUUGAGGAAGGACCGACCACCGUCAGAAGACUGCCCAAACUUCAUAGUGGACUGCAAAGUUUUUAAUACAAAAUGGCAGAGAUCUGAUGUUGCGUGUUCUGCUGAAAAUUUCACCAGGCAGUGGGAUGUUAAUUAUUACACUUGCUACACUCUGAGAACCAGCAAUUUAAAUAUAUCCGGCGACUCAAAAAUUAUCAGAGGCAUUAUUUUGAUACUGAACGUAGGUCCACCCACCAGCCUCAUCCAAGUUCCCUUCAAACAAUCAUUUACUAAUUCUCAAGCCAGAGGUGUGCAGGUGAGUGUUCACAGUCCAGGAACUCCUGCCGACCUCAAGCGGGGUUUCAGUGUCGCUCCUGGAACUGAAAACAUCGUGGACAUCGUCCAAACGGACAAAACCCGUCUAAGUGAACCCUACAACCCGUACGUAAUUUUUACCGACCAAUUUAUCGUAGUUAAACUUGAGAAAAUUUAUAAAUUUGAAAGUAUUUCAAACGCACAGAUUCAUUAUUUAAUUAGUAACAAAUUGUUUUUUUCAAAAAAUUAUUGUGAAAACUUUGUAAAUAACUUAGCUAAUAAAUCACUUAGGUUAGGAUGUACUAGUAGGACAGAAAUGCCGAACUCUCCAUCGGAAAGGUACUCAUACAACUUUUGCCUGGAGUACUGCCUGCAAGGGAUGCUGAAAAGAAACUGCAACUGCGUGUCAAACUCUCUUGCCGUUCCUAAUGAUAUUCUCAACGAUACGGUCCUCUGCGAAAAUUUCAGUGCUCUAAACAUUAUCGAGAAGAAAAUAGUGGAAGAUAAUAAAAUUUUUGAAUUACUCUUUAAAUUAAAAUGUAGUUUGUUAGAGUAUUUUUUCUUCACCGAAUACGAUCGAGACUGCGUAAAAAACUGCCUCCUACCAUGCGACGAAACCGUGUAUGACGUGUUUACUACAUCAGCAAGCUGGCCUCAACCAUCAACUCAAGUCGAUAUCUUCAAUAAAUAUUUUGUGAAACCCGGUUGCCUCAAUAAAAACCCCAAAGUAAGAUCGAGAUACUCAAACUAUUUGAAACUCUACUACGACCACCUGAAUGACACCAGCGUUGAAAUCUCGCAGUCAAAUAUGACACAGAUCAAGGAAUCUCUACUAGAGAUAAAAUUCGUGAUGAAACAAAACUUCCCUUACUACCAAACGGAAAGUGCAGCCUACACGUGGGACGUGAUGAUUGGGACUGUGGGUGGGAUGUUGUCCCUGUGGUUGGGUAUCACCGUGGCUAGUGCAGUAGAGAUCGUGGAGUUGCUGUACUUGCUGGUCAAGAGUUACCAUAGGAAGAGAAGUUCAGGUUCUGCGAGGAUUAAUAGCGUAGCGAAUACGGAAAAUUCAGAUGUCGUAGAGUCGAAUUUUGUUGAGAAAAUUAAAAAUUAA